AACCUCUAGCUCAUACCAUAUCAUCAACUUAUUUUUACUGCUUAUCAUUCCCAAAGUGCUAUUCUUCCUUCUCCAAAACAUCUACAAAAACGGAGUUUGGAGCAUUCUCAUUAGGCUCAUUUAAUUAUCCCUCCAAAAACAACUUCUUUAACCUAACAAAUGGCAUCAGGCUCAAUGUCCACUCGUGGAAACGGAUCCUCUUGGACUCCACAGCAAAACAAGGCCUUUGAAAGGGCCUUAGCUGUCUACGACAGAGAUACUCCCGACCGCUGGCACAAUAUAGCCAGAGCAGUUGGUGGGAAAACUGCUGAAGAGGUAAAGAGGCAUUAUGAUGACCUCUUGGAGGACAUCAAAAACAUUGAGGCCGGCCAAGUGCCCUUUCCUAACUACAGAAAUGUUGGGAAUUGACGAAUUGAGACUUGAGUCUGAGUAACAAAGGAUUAAGAGUCUAGUUGCGCCGCGCUGUUGUUGAAGAUAGAUCUCAUUGAAUAAAACAAUUAGUCAGUCAAUUAAUUAAAUUAACUGAUCCAAUUAGCUAGCUAGCCCUUAGUAAAUUACAGUUUACUACUGGUUUUAAUUUCCUAAUUAAUGUGUUCUGUGUAGCAUUUUAUCGAACACUUAAUCUGCAAUCCUCUUUAUUCCUAAUUUGUAAGAGAUUAUCAGAUUGAAUAUGAAUUUCGGCAUUAUAUUGAGUAGAA